GCCAUCUCGAGCUCCGCAAUUCAAGCACAAAAAAGAUAUAAUAUUCGGGUUUUUGGACAGUGUUAGAGGCACGCUAUACGAUGGAAGAGUCUACAGCUCCCUAUGAGGCCCACGCAGCCGCCGGCGCCGAGGCAGGUGCUGAGGGGGGGGAGGGUGUGUCUGCUCCCCCCCCUCCUCAGUUUGAGGCUUCAGGAGCUUCUGCGGUAGUCAGCCCAGUCUUUUUGCAACAGGCAUCGGGCCUGGCACCGUAUCUUGUGGCUCCGGUCCCAGCGAGCCGCUCGGCGAGUUUGAGACCCGCUCCAGCCGAAGGGGGCGGGGCCAGGUCUGGUCCGGAGCGCAACAGUGGCAGCUGGACGAAGCAAAUCCUCUGCAGGUAUUAUCUGCAUGGGCAGUGCAAGGAGGGAGAUAACUGUCGCUACUCUCACGACCUUUCUGGGCGGCGGAGAGCUAGGGGGGGCCAAGAUUCUCAGCCUCGGGCCUCUGCAGACAGAGGACCCAAGAUGGCCACUCAGUGGGAGCCCCCGACUCAGGAAGUGGCGGAAGCCCCCCCUACUGCAUCCUCAAGCUCCUUGCCUCUGAUUGGCUCGGCUGCUGAAAGGGGCUUCUCUGAAGCUGAGAUUGACAAUGCGGGCAUUGGCUCAGCGGCUGAAGGGGGCUUCUCUGAAGCCGAGAUUGACAGUGCAGGCCUUGCAGCAGGUGCUGUGGGAGGAGCGGGUGCAGAAGGCUGGAUAGGGGCAAUUGAGUUUGUUCCUGGACAGCCGUAUCGUGGUCGCAUGAUCCCCCCGCAUGGUCCUGAGGCUCCUCUGCCGAGCCCGCCAAUUGAGAGAGAGCAUAUGGCUAUGGGCAUGGGGAUGCCGCUGCUGCCGCUUUGCCGCUAUGCUGCCCGGGGACAAUGCCUCCGUGGGGACAGGUGUGCAUACCCCCAUGGAGAGAUAUGCGACAUGUGCGGGCAGCAGGCCUUGCACCCUUGGGAUGCAGCUCAGCAGGAAGCUCAUAGAAGGGCCUGCGUUGAAGCACACGAGAGAGAUAUGGAACUCUCUUUUGCUGUGCAGCGCAGCAUGGACAAAGUGUGUGGCAUCUGCAUGGAGGUUGUCUAUGAGAAAGCAGUCCCCAGCGACCGCCGCUUUGGCAUCCUUUUCAGCUGCAACCACACCUACUGUCUUAGGUGUAUCCGCAGGUGGAGAAGUGCCACACAGUUUGAGAACAGGAUCAGUAAGUCCUGCCCACAGUGCAGGGUCUCCUCUGGCUUUGUCAUUCCUAGUGAGUUCUGGGUGGAGGAGGAAGAGGAGAAGGAGAAACUUGUUCAGCAAUAUAAGGAGGGAAUGAGCCAGAAAGACUGCAGGUAUUUUGCUGGAGGCCUAGGUCACUGCCCAUUUGGAGAAUUCUGUUUUUACAAGCACGAAUACCCCGAGGGCUGGAGAGUCGAGGCCUGGAGAGAUCAGCCUCCGAGACCUGGUGGUGGUGGAUCUUCAAGCGCAUACUGGCAUCAAGUUUUGGAGCCUGUGCAGUUGCGAGAGGGAAGCUUGCUGUUUAAAAGCCGUAAAAAGGAGCAUUCCGUGCUUCACCUGGCCAGUCAGUUGCUUAAGAAGUUGCUUUGCCUGAGAGGCAGUUUUUCCUUCUCUGAUGAUCGUUGGCUCUUGCUUCAGUACCAGCUGGAAGAAUAUUUCAAUUUGAGUCUGUAGUAUCACGCUGUGGCAUGUGGUCUGGUCUGCAAAGGCUCUGUUGUCUGCUGUUGCUUAUUUCCCUUUAUUGACUAACAAACCCUAUCGCUUUCAAAGGCUGUUGAGGCAAUCUUUA